GGACCAACUCCAGCGCUAAGACCGGACUCUAAACCUCCUUUUCUUCCUGUUUGCUCCGGGUCCAUGCUCCCUCCUCUCCUGGGAGAAGUAGGACCCGCAUAUGUAAUGGUAGGGGGCUGCUGAGCCCGGAGCACGGAAAGAUCCGGAAAUUCUCUUUGCAACCGCACGCGGAGAGCCGCGACGACAAAUACUCGGUCAGAAUCCCCAGCAGAGCUCAAACGCAGCAAAUCUUGUAGUUCUCUGAGCACCUCAUCGGCGAUGGAUUUCCCCGACCAGAACCUCGACUUGUUCGGGGAGGAGGAGGAGUACGAGGACAACGACCGCAGGAGCGCCGGCGACGGGACCCCCCGCCAAUCCUCUUCCUCUUCUUCGUCGGCGAGGUCGUCCUCGUCGGCAAGGUCGUCCUCUUCGGCAAGGUCGUCCUCUUCCUCGAGCGGGUCCUCGUCCGACGGUGGGGGCGGCGGAGGUGGAGGCGGUGGCGGUGGCGGCGGAGGUGGUGGCGGCGGAGGAGGACGAGAGUCCAGCAGCGCCAGUGGGAGCGCGAGCAGCGGCGAGGAAGGCAAUGAACCAGACGACGCCAACAACUACAACAGCAGUACUUACAGCAGUAGAGUUGAGAGCUACUUUAACUCCGAGGAGGAGGAGGAGGAGGAGGUGGAGGAGGAUGAGAGGGAGAAUGAUCUCUUCGGGUCGGAUAACGAGGACUACUGCAAAACCCUUGCCAUCAGCCCUUACCCCAUUCCCGUUCUGCCACCUAUUCGCAGCACUAACAACCAUGCCAGAGGGACAUUUGGCCGUGGCCGUUGGAACUCAGGGCAUCCGAAUGAUAGAGGGGCAGGCAUCCUUCCUCGACCUGGUCCUUACCCUCAGAGGCAAAACUUCGGAUAUGGGCCAAAGUUUUCUAAUGGUCAUCGUGAUGAGCGCUUUGUUUCUGAGCUCAAGUUCUCAAAGAGCGAGGAAACAUUAUCAAGAAAGUGUAUAGCAUUUCAGGAGCCAUGUGAACUUGCUUGCUAUAGCCGGGCAGAAGAUGGAGAUGUCUUCUUCGAUGAUAGGAGCUUGAGGCAAUUUAAAAGACUAAUUACAGAAGAUGUGGGUGCAGACCUGAAUGAAGGGUAUGACACAUUUAUUCAGAAAAAGGACUUGGCUUCUGAAGGUUAUGGAGGUCUUCUUGCUUGCAUAAGAGACAAAAAAAUCCCACUUCAGAACAUGCAUUUUGUGACAUAUCGCAACAACCUUAAUAAGAUACUAGCAACUGCCUAUAUCCGGCAUGAACCUUGGGAAAUGGGUGUCCAUAAAAGAAAUGGAACAAUAUAUCUUGAUGUACAUAAGCUUCCAGAGAGACCGCAGAGUGACUUAGACCGCAGAAGAUGUUACUGGGGAUAUUGCUUUGAGGCCCUUGCCACUGAGAAUGCAGAAAGAGCUUACGGUGAAAGGAUACACCAUGUUGAUGCAAAUGUCGAGUACUGCUCUGUGAUUAAGACCAAAUUGGGUGCUCACCGAAUUCUGAUGGGAGCUGAGAUGGAUUGCUGCGAUUGGACAGAUGAUGGCCGGAGGUUUUACAUCGAGUUAAAGACUAGUCGCGAGUUGGAUUAUCAUACCGAGGAAAGGUUUGAAAGAGACAAGCUGCUCAAGUUUUGGAUUCAAUCCUUCCUAGCAGGUGUUCCAUACAUUGUUAUCGGAUUCAGAGAUGAUGCUGGGCGACUAGUUCGAACAGAGAGAUUGAGAACUAAAGAUAUCACUCAGAGAGUGAAAAUGAAGAACUAUUGGCAGGGAGGGGUCUGUCUAGCAUUUGCAGACGAGGUCUUGUGCUGGCUCUACGGGACAGUCAAAGAGAAUGAAGAUUACAUACUUCAGUUUGCUCCCCCUUUCACUCGGUUGGAGCUUCUUCAGGCCCAAUCCUGCCCCGAUACCAUAACAUCUCAUGUCGAGCAGUUGUGACAUCACGAGCAGGUUCCUUUCUUCAUCCAACCAUCAAUUGCGUAAGAUGAGAGAAUAGAUUUACAUGUAAUCUGCCAGUAAAAUAAUUCUUCUGGCCUUGACAGCUUCGGCUGUAACAUUCAAUACGCAGUUAGGAAGCAUGAACUGCUCAACACAACUUGCUCAUCAAUGUUUCCACUACGACUACGACGCUGCCUCCUCUCUACUUCAGAAUGAGAAUUUGAGCGAAAAGAAUUUGUAAAUCAAGAAUUGAUUGCAAAUUGUCUUCGGCGUGCGGAUUCUUUGAUGCUUUGAGCAAAUGUGCCUAGGGCCUACAGAGAAUAUGUCCCAUGUAAAAGAAAAUAGUUUCCUUAUUUUCCUCACACUUCAGCAGGACAUUAUAAUAAUUAAUGAUAAAAAAAAACAAAAGAUAAAAUAAAA